AUGUCAGCACCCAAAAAGAUCAAAUUAGAUAACAAGAUGUUCAGAAUUUGCACUCAUUCCGGCUCGUUCCAUGCGGACGAAUCUCUCGCUGUGUACAUGCUCAGGUUAUUGCCCAAGUUCGCUGACGCCGAGUUGAUCAGAUCCAGAAACCCCAAGGAUUGGGAAGAAAGUGACAUUGUAGUGGAUGUCAGCGGUAAGUACGAUGGUGUGAAGUUCUUUGACCAUCACCAAAGAGAAUUCAACUCGACUUUCUCUGAAAAAUACAAUACUAAAUUGUCUUCUGCUGGUUUAGUGUACAAACAUUUCGGGAAGGAAAUCAUACAACAAGUAUUGGAAUAUACCCCAGAAAAGGACUCCAAGAACAUCGACUUGUUGUACGAAAAAGUUUACAAAGAAUUCAUCGAAUCAUUAGAUGCCAACGACAAUGGUAUCAACAACUAUUCGACUGAAAUCGAAGCUACCAAGAAAUUCUCAGACAAGAACAUAACAUUGCCUUCUUUGGUAUCAAAGUUAAACCCGAAGUGGAACGAAAGCUGUACAGAUGCUGACUUCGACCGUCAAUUCCUCAAGAGUUCUGAAUUGAUGGGCAUGGCCUUUAUCAGCGUUUUGGAAGGAUACGGUAAGGGUUGGUUGCCAGCCAAGAGUAUCGUAGAAGAAUCUUUUGAUGCUAGAUUUGAUGUAGACAAGUCAGGCGAAAUCCUUGUCUUGAAUCAAUUCUGUCCAUGGAAGGAACACUUGUAUUCUAUCGAAAAAGAAAAUAAUGCAGAAGGACAAAUCAAGUUUGUUUUGUUCCAGGAUUCUAGUGAUAAAUGGAGAGUUUCUACCGUUUCUGUUACUUCGUCAUCUUUUGAAUUCAGAUUGGGAUUACCCGAAGAAUUGAGAGGUUUGAGAGAUGACGAGUUGAGCCAAAAGAGUGGAGUCGACGGAUGUAUCUUCAUUCACGCUGCCGGCUUCAUCGGGGGUGCCCAAACCAAGGAGGCCGUAUUGCAAUUGGCAAAGUUGUCCUUGGCAGGAAACUGA